CAUAAACCCUGCCUAUUUCUAGAAUUUAUCUUAUUAAAAUCUGAUUUUAAACCUAACCUUAACCACACUGAUAACCUUAAAUUAAGACCAAAAAGCUAGUUUUUGUUUUGACGAAUUUUGACGAUACAUCUAGCUAGUGGAAACCUCAUUUGAAUGAAGGAGCAAUUUGUCGGUACAGUAGCUAGCAACUGUCAUGUCUAUCCGAUUUCUUAUAAAACUCGAGUUAAAGAAGAAUCAUCGGUCACUGUUUUCUUUCAAUGUCGAGGAGCUGGUUAUCACAGUUGUUAACUUUUACAUGUGUUAAGUUCCAGGAUUACUCGCUUGAUUGGCAAACAAAGGCUAUUUUGCAAGUUAGCUUGCUUGACACUGAUAUUACCAGCCAACGCCCGGUAGCAACCGUCGCUGGCUAGCUUUUAGGCUUUUUCUUCUUGCACCGGGCUCAUAUUGAAAAAUGUCAUACGUGGACUGACAAAGGCUACUGCUGUCGAAUGAACUGUCAGACCUCAUAAGUGACAGAAGGACUUGUGUAAGUGGAGUGGAUGUCCGAGCCUCGGGUCACUGUGGGGCAAGAUGAGGCAGGGGCCGGGAGAGAGGAGAAAGAAGCUGAAUCUGCACCACUGAAUCAGCCCUCCAAUGAAGCCUCCAGGCCUGGACAGCUAAGGCUGCCCUCAGGCUCUCGGCUCCCCUCUGCUGAACCGAGCCCUUCCCCGUCUGCUGAAGGAAGCGGCUUGCUGUCGUUGCCGUGGGAGAUGGUGGCUCGCAUCGCCUCGCACCUCCCAGCACAGUGUGUCAUCACGGUCCUGCCACAGGUGUGUCACGCCCUGGGAAAUGUGGGUAAGGACAGCACGGCAUGGCAGUUGCGGGCAUGCAGGCUAACCGGUCCCAGAGCCUCCUUCCCCGUGGGGCCACGGGACGGCUUUGACUGGCCCUCGGCCUGCCUGGAGAUGGAGGAGCUGAUCACUUGCUGGACGGGCCAGGGGGAGAGGGCCGCCAGGGAGGCCGAGCAGGCAGAGAGGGAGAGAGAGGUGGAGAGGGCCCAGGAGAGGGAAAGGGAUAGAGAGGCCCUGGCAGAGGAAGGGAUUGGAGAGUGGGAGGAGGUGGAAGAGGGCAGGCCCCAAGUGGAUGAGGGGAUAGAGGUAGAGGAGGUAGGUUUUCGGGUGGAGGGAGUGAUGGCAGUACCGUGGGAUGGGGAGGAGUUGAUGGAGGAGGGAGAGAUGCAGCAAGAUGGGGGAGGGGAUCUACCGAUGGGAGUUGGGGAGGGAGAGGAGAGGCAGGAGGCUGCAGCCGAGGCCAUGAUGGAGGAGGAGAGAGAUGAUGAACAAGGGGUCCUGGAGGCCAUCGAGGUGGAGGAGAGAGAUGAUGAACAAGGGGUCCUGGAGGCCAUCGAGGUGGAGGAGAGAGAUGAUGAACAAGGGGUCCUGGAGGCCAUCGAGGUGGAGGAGAGAGUGGGAGUUUUGGCGGAUAGAGACGGUCAAGAUUACAUAGCGGGCCCGAAACUGGGAGGAGAGGGAGAGAGAAACGGGUCCAGCUGCCCUCCCAGUCCUCCCCCAGCCCUGGAGCGCCUCUCCCUCCCCUCAGGGCACAUUGCUGAGGUCAACUCGGUUCUCUUGGUGGGGGGAGAGGGGGCAGUGUGUGCCUCAGGCUCCCGGGACAGGAACGUGAACCUGUGGGACCUACGGGAGGGGGGCUCCACGGGCAGGCUGCUCCAUACACUGGGGGGCCAGGGCCUCUUCAGCACCCACAAAGGCUGGGUGUGGUGCCUGGCGGCCCGGGGACCCCUGCUGGCCUCGGGCUCCUUCGACAGCACAGUGAGGCUAUGGGACCUGGGGGCCCAAGGGGCUGAGAGGGGCCUAAUCAGGGCCCGGGCUGCCGUGCUCUGCCUGGCCCUCCCCCAGACGGACGUGCUGCUGGCCGGCACCUAUGACAAGAAGGUCAGCGUCUACGACACCAGAGUGGCGGAGCCCCUUGUGAAGAGCCUGCGUCUCCAUAGCAACGCGGUGCUGUGCCUGGUAGCAGACGAGCAGUACAUCCUAUCUGGGAGUAAAGACUGCACUGUGGUCAUCUACGACCGAAGAGCAGGGAAAACCCUGCAGAAACUACAGCUGGGCUCCUACCUGCUGUCAAUGUGCUACAGUGGCAGUGAGGUGUGGGCGGGGGACAACCGGGGCAUGCUCCAUGCCUUCUCCAUGCAGGCCGGUUCCAUCAAGCCCCUCUCCCAGUUCGACGUGGGACACACCUCGCUGGUCACCGGCAUCCACAGGUCCCCUGGGAGCCUCUACACCUGCUCCGCUGACCGCACCAUCAAGGUGCACCUCCCCUGUGCCCCUCCAAGGACGCUGUGCACACUGCACCACCAAGCAGGCGUCAAUGGGUUGAGUGUGGAGGCAGGAGUGCUGGCUAUCGCCUCAGGAGAAAUGUGUGUGGAGGUGUGGAGGGCCAGGAGGUGAGUGGGGCCACAAGGGCCACCACACCCACCCUAAUCUACUUACGUUCCUGAAGUGAUGCAAGAUGACUGACGUAUAAUGCUCUGUCAUUUACAUGAACAACUUUCUCAUAUGCAGUGAGAAUGUUGAUGUGAAGGACCAGUGCUCUUAGCUUUACCCCCAAAAAUAUACACAAAACAAAAAUAUUUUGUGUCUGUGUGAUUCCCAUGCAUUUUUUCAAAGAAAAGAACACACAAAAAAGCUCUAGAAAAUAAUUGUAUUUUUCUCUGUGACAAUUGAAAUAGAUGCAGAAACACAAUGGAAAGAAUCAGUCAAGCCGUCCCUGACACGCUGAUUGUAAUGUAUUUUGUAUAUUAAUUUAUGAGCAUGGUCGAACUGUCAUAAAUUAUGUGUCUAGUGGCGUGCUUAUACUCAGUACCACACCACUUGUUUGUCAAUUCCACUGUUUGGAGUUCUUCCUCGUUGUCGUUCUCUCUUAGGGUAACUACUUUACCAACUCUUACCAUGUUACGGAAUGCUCUUUUUAUUUUUUUAUUUGAUUCUGCACUGUUGAGGAAAGCUGGUAAGUAAGCAUUUCACUGUACAGUUACACCCGCUGUAUCCUGCACACGUGACGAAUAAACGUUGAUUUGAAUCUGUAGCGUCCCAGCAUCAACCUCGCUCCAGUGGCUCGUUAGAGUCCAAAACCCAAUAGUACUGCAUUGUUCACUCAUUAUUUCUUACAAGUUAUUGUUGUUACACACACUGAUACAGUCUGAGGCUACAGUGUCUAUGCUGCUCUCGUUGGCAUGGAGAUUGAUUGUUGCUAACUCCUUAUCUGAGACCAGACUUCACCUGCUGCAAGAGAGCCCUCUGACUGCAUAAAAAUAACCAAAUGAUUCAGAUUUUGUAAAUAUGCUUUUGUGAAUAUGCUAUGUGUGAUUUCUUUUGUUAUGAAUAAAAUGUGUACACUCAAUCAA